AUGGGUGGUCUUGUGAGCCAGUUCUGCAGACCCAGUCCCUACAAUGCACAGAUAGGCACACUUGACCUCACUAACUCCAUGGCUAACCAGGUGUUGGAGGCAGUUGCUGUGAGCAAGCUCUGUGUGCACAAGAAGUGCGUGGUGUGGGUGGCAUGCAAUCUCUUCCUCCUCUUGGCCAAUGAGCGCAUCAAGACCACCCUGGCUGGCAACUGGCACCUUGGCCAAAACAAGAUGGCCUGGAGCAAGGACUGUGGCUAUGUGGUUGUAUUUGUCAGCCUGGACCACCUGUCCAUCCAGUACUAUGGCAACAAUGGUGACUGCCUUGUGCAUGCCCUUCCUGAGAUCUUGAUGGACAUGAGGGAAGAGUUCUACUAUGAGGUGGUGCUUGAGAGUGACAGUGGAAGCGGGCGUAGGCUUGUGCCCUGCGGGCUCAGGUGA